AUGACCGCUUCAACAACAUUUGCCGCUUCGGCAGCAAUCCUUUCGGGGAUAACCAUUGUCGGAUGCCUUUUCUUCGCCGCUAAAGUCUUCAAUGAGGUCAACUCUUUGUACGAUGACAUCAUGGUUGAUAUGGAUGCCUUCAAGGUCAAAUCCAAUAUCGCCUGGGAAGCUAUCAAUGACGUAGUUGCACCAAAGGGAGGAAACCCAUUCAUGCGUGAGAAGAGAGGAUACGCUCAAUACGGAGGUGGACACGGUGGAGGUGGAUACGGAGGAGGCGGAGGUGGCGGAGGAUACGGAGGAGGACACGGAGGAGGUGGUGGUGGUGGAUACGGAGGUGGUGGCGGCGGAGGCGGUGGAUGCCAAUGCUCCCCAAGCUCCAACACUUGCCCACCAGGACCACGUGGACCACCAGGACAAGCCGGACUUGACGGUCUUCCAGGAGCCCCAGGACAACCAGGAGCCAACGGAGGAGCUGGAUCCAACGGACAAUCCGAGGGAGGUCACGGAGGAUGCAAGACCUGCCCAGCUGGACCACCAGGACCACCAGGACCAGCUGGACAAGCUGGACUUCCAGGAAACGACGGAGAGCCAGGAGCCCCAUCAUUCGGAGGAGGUGCCGGAGCACCAGGAGCACCAGGAGCCCCAGGAGACGCUGGAUCUCCAGGACAGCCAGGAGGACCAGGACAGCCAGGACGUCCAGGAAAGAACGCUCAAGGAGGAGCUUCCCGCCCAGGACCACCAGGACCAGCUGGACCACCAGGACCACCAGGAAACAAUGGAGCACCAGGAGGUGGAUACGGAGUCGGACCACCAGGACCACCAGGACCAUCUGGACGCCCAGGAGGCCCAGGACAACCAGGACCAGACGGACAACCAGGAGCACCAGGAAACGAUGGAACUCCAGGAACCGACGCUGCCUACUGUCCAUGCCCAGGACGUGGAGGAGGCGGACACGGAGGAUACGGAGCAGGUGCUGCUGGAGGAGCUGUCGGAGGAGGACACGUCCAAGGUUACUCCAGAAGAAAGGUCGCCCGCAAGGUUCUUGCCAAGAAGCGUGUUGCUGUUCAUCGUCGUAUUGCUGCCAACCGUCAGGCUUAA